AGCAUGAUUUCACUUGAGUUUUCUUUGUUUUGGCUGACCAGGGAGAUUAGCAAGUGAUACCAAAUAUUCAGACAGUGGACGAGGAGAUGGUCCCGACGGGACGCAUGCGCAAAACUUCACCUCAUAAAGUAGCAGUCCUAAUUCACUUAAGCCUACAUUCUAAUGAUAAACCAUGCACCGACGAAAUAAUAAAAGUAGGGUUUCACUGGUUGUCUAUUGGUUGUUCUAAGUAUAGAAGCAUACAAUAUUGUCUUCGCAUCAAUCUUGAUCAGACUUGUAUAAAAGGAGAGGUAUUGCGAUGAUGAGGUUAAUUUCUUACAGAAAGGUGCACGAGCUCUCAGAUUUCAAGAGGCCUAUAUUCUAUAGCCAGUGCUCUAUAAUUUCAACCUUACUUACUUAUUAUUACUCAGCUAUAUCACUAUGCCAUCUAAAUCAUCAUCAGUUAUGGCAAAGAGGCUUGUUUUCUUCGGAGCGGCUCAGGUCGGCAAGUCGGCAAUCAUCAGACGCUUUGUCAGUCAGACUUUCUCAGAGCAAUACAACCCAACCAUUGAAGAUAUGUUUGAAAUGCCGAUCGAUUACGAUGGCAAAGAAGUUAAUCUUCAAAUUCUUGAUACCAGUGGCAGCUUUAAGUUUCCUGCAAUGCAUCAACUGGCCCUCAACAACGGUGAUAUAUUCGUCAUCGUAUAUUCAACUGACGACAUCUUGUCCUACCACGAAGCCCUUGCAACCUGCGACGAGAUAGCGGAAAAGAGAGGCCCCGGAAUGCCCAUCGUCGUCGUGGCAAACAAGAACGAUCUGGAAAAGAGACAAGUUGGAAAGGCUGAGGCAGAACUUAUGUUUUGUCAAUGGAACACAUAUCACGUAGAAAGCUCGGCCAAAGAAGAGAACUCGAUCGCACAAAUCUUUACGAGAUGCCUGUCCUUACUAUGUCCCGCUGAUGUCACUUCACCCAAAGAUUCAUCGCAGAUCUUUGAACGUAAACGAAGUUUCAGAAGGGCUCUUUCAACAAAGCUUCAAUCAACAAUUCACCUUGUCGCAUCAAAGAUGACCCGGGUAUCAAAAUCUCGCAGAGGAUGACUGCCUAUAAUAUGGACAAGAAAUGAAUCAGAGAUGCAGAUACAACAUAAACUGUUAAUGAGAGGGACAUUUUCCGAUGAUUUGGCGUCAGACCGUGCGUGCCGUGUUAUUUUUUAGACUUCUAUUAUCUUUUUUUUAAUAUUACAAUGAUAUGCAAAUAAUUUCUAAUCAAAAGAAUUGUAUACAUAUCUGAAAUAAAAGAUUCUUUCACAAAAAUGUACAAUCAACAA